AUGAGCAUCUUGAACUAUGAAUCCCCGCUACCGAUCUAUGCGCUUGAUUGGGCAAAAACUCCUGGUGCUGGGCCAUCCUCGCACCUCCCUCGUUCCAACUUCCGACUCGCACUUGGCACGUUUUCGGAAGACUUUAGAAAUCGCGUACAGAUAAUAGGGCUUCCAGACGAAUCCCCUUUGCAGGAAAUUAUACCCGAUGACCCUUAUGCUUCUUCGACACCAUCUAACGCGCCGGAAGGCAAAUCGGACUUUGUGGUUCUCGCAGACGCGUUACAUGGCUACCCUAUAACGAAGAUCGGCUGGGAACCCUCCAGCGCAUUUAGAGAACCAUGGAAGGAUGUCUCUUCAGAACUCCUCACUAGCACGGGAGAUGCACUGCGGAUAUGGGAGUUCACAGAGCAUGAAGGGAAACAGAUGAGUUCGUAUGUUGGGCGAAGCACCACCGCUUCUAUCGGGAAAGUCCAACAAAAAGUCGCACUUUCUAGCACGAAAAAUCCAAACCCCAUUACUGCACCCCUCACAUCGUUCUCCUGGAAUACCAUCAGCCCUCACCUUGUGGUGACCUCAUCAAUAGACACCACGUGUACAGUCUGGGACCUCUCCGCUUCAAACGCUGUCACUCAGUUGAUCGCUCAUGAUCGAGAGGUGUACGAUGUAGCAUGGAUUCCAGGUUCUGUAGAUUCUUUCGUCUCAGUCGGGGCUGAUGGCUCGCUCCGCGCUUUCGACCUGAGGAGCCUUGAUCAUUCUACGAUUUUGUAUGAGACGCCAGCGAAGCCAGUCGCGAAACCGCCGACGACGCCAGGACGCCCCAGUCAAACGCCCAACGCGCCCAUGACUCGAGGGCCGACACAACCCCUUCUGAGAAUCGCUUUCAACCCUUUGGAUGCCAAUUUCCUUUCUACCUUUCAUGCCGAAUCUCCUGAUGUACAAAUUCUGGAUAUGAGGAGCCCGGGUCGACCUGUUGUUGAGAUGAGAGCACACUUGGCAAAUGUAAACGCAGUAGGAUGGAGUGCAAUAGAAAAUGGCUUGAUAGCCUCUGCUUCUGAUGAUUGUCAAUUACUUAUCUGGGAUUUGUCCAGCACCGGAGUCCUUCCAUCUCGACCGACUCCUUCAUCUCGGUCACCUCAUCCGGAAUCUUCGCAGAAUGUUCCCACUCGUAGUGUAACGGAUCCAGCGCUAGCGUUUUUCAGCCCCAGCGAAAUCAAUAACAUGGUCUGGUCCCCACCACUUGUGGGACUUGACGCAGCAGGGAGGCCAUACACAGGUAAGGGAGGCACUCAAACAGAAUGGAUUGCAUGUGCAUAUGGUAGGAGCGUCAGAGCAAUUCGUGUGUGAUCUGUGCAUUAUAUUCCUAGAUCUUCCUGUAAGCAGUGUAAUUCACAUCGUUUGACACUCUGUGAUGCGAGUGUCGAGCGUAUGGUGUACAUCAUCUUGACAUAACCUUCGACACGCUACCUCCAUCAUAGGCGCCAUCUCGAGAGCUUUCACUGCUCCGAACAUAGUCAUAAGACCUUGGGGUGUAAACGCCACACCACUGCCCCUGGUCCGCUAAGCGCCGUUCGAUAUGCUGUUUAUGAUCCCUUAGCCUCUGCUGCGGUACAAAUUUUUUUGUGUCUCGCUCUCCAGUCGCUGCAAUGACAGUGAGCUCAAUAUACCAGAACAGUAAUGGCUCGCACCACUCACGCGGUUUGGCAUUUGCGAUCACAAUAAUUCACCUUUUUGCACCUGGAACACCUCUCCAGUUCCCUCCCAAUAUCAG